AUGGUAUCGGACGUCGUCCUGCUGGUUAUUGCACUCGGUGGCCUGGCCACGACGGUGUUUCUUGUGCUGUUCUUGACUGGUUUCUUUGCUCAACCUAAAAAAGUAGCGGAUAAACACCAAGCAGAAGUUCUUCGAGGUGGCGAGAGAGGAGGUCUCGCGGCGCUACGCAAGCAUAAAGAUCGAAAAAAGCGCUUUACACAGCGAGAAGAAGAAGCUAUUGGUCCUCCAGCUGCCGCUGGUCCGGGUGAAAACGAGGCUGUUGAGGCUGCUAGAGAUGAUGAAAGAUUUGUGGAACCGAGAGCGAUGACAAAGAAGGAGCUGCAGAAGGAACUUAAGCGUCGAGAACGUGAAGAGUUACGUCAGUUUGAUCAGCAACAUCGUGAAGAGCGUCAGCGUCUUGCUGAGGAGAAAGCAGCUGCAUACCAGAAGAAACGUGAAGAGGAGGCAAAGAUUGAACAGACGUUGGAAGAGAAGGAACGUAAAUUGAACGAGGAAAAGGAACGCAAAGAUAAGAAGGAGUUUGAUAAGUGGAAGGAUAUGUUUACGGUUGAAGAACAGGGCACGAAGCUGGUAGAGGACAGUGAGGAAAGUCAAAUGCUGUUACAGCAGUUUGUGGACUAUAUCAAGUCACACAAGGUGGUACUACUCGAAGAUCUCGCGUCGGAGUUCAACUUAACUACACAGGAUGCUAUUGAUCGCGUCGCGUCAUUGCAGGCGACCAACCGUCUCACUGGUAUUGUUGAUGAUCGUGGAAAGUUUAUCUACAUCACUGAGCAAGAGAUGGACAGGGUUGCCGCGUUUGUCAAGCGACGCGGGCGACUGGGGUUUGCUGAGCUAUCAAAAGAAUGCAACAGGCUUAUCCGACUAGACGAUGAAGCUGACAAGAACACAAGAGUAUCCCUAGACUGGCUCAAUAGUGAAGAUCAGCCCGAGCGAUCUGUUGCUGAGUUGUCGGCAUGA